AACGAAAACGAACAUCAGUAUUUGACUGACGGAAGAUGGAUUUCUUUAAAAGCGUAUUACCACCGCUACCGAAGUUGCCCAAGUUGAAGAAAUUGCGCCAAUGGAACGGGGGCUCACUGUUAAGCCUGCACCAGUUUCCGAACUUACCGGCAGCGUUCAAUCUUGGAAGUGGCGGUGUUACACCAGCAACAUCCACCAGUGCACCGUCAACCGCACGACCCAACCCACGCAGCGACUUUGUCCGGCAGCAUCCGGCACCACCACGCCAACAUCACAUGCGCCAUUCGUCCGACAUCUCGAUUAUCUCGUCCUCGGUUAGCAGUCGUACACCGGCCGACUACAGCCACCGGGACAAUCUGGGUCUGUACGCACUGAAGUGUGAUCGUAGUGCGGCCAAACGAGGCAUCCUGCUGAAUCUUCCUCGCAAAAUCACGCAAGCGGUCGGUGGUUCGGAGACGCCGCCCAUCGGUCCCACACCGGCCACAAUGGUACACGAAAAGUUUUCCCCCUGCAAGCGGCGUCCGAUCGAAGUGCCAGAGAUAAAACCUCCCCCAAGGAGACGCAAACGGUCACCGGCUUGCGACCAGCAAACCAAACCGGACACUGAUCUAAGCCGGUGGCAGAAAAACAGCAGCGAGCUGUUCCGGAUCGUGGAACGUGAAUCGGCCAGUACGGCGCGGGCCAGUUCGGCCGGUGGUGUUGGGCUAAUGAUGGCGAAGAAAGCGCACCGUUCCGGUGGCCCGGUAACGGCAACGAAGGGGAGGACUUUUUUUGACGCACCUACGUCUAGUAGUGAUGGCGCAGUGGUGGAGCUGGUAGAACAGGUAAAGGCGCAAUCGGUUGAUAAUCUGUUGACGAUGAGAUAUCACCGUAGAAGGCGUGGUGCGUUUGCCGAACCGGAAAGGGCUCGCGAAGAGAGUGACAGUGAAUCAAGUGACAAUCGUCAGGUGCAGUCGUUGCGUUUACAUCAGCAGCAGCAACCGCAGCUCCACCAUCAACCUCAACACCAUCGGCGAACAUUGUCCGCGGUAAAUGGAACGGUCAACAAGAGCAUCAUUCAAACGGCGAAAGUCACACCACCGUCGGGUGCAACCUCACUGCCGACAACGGCACCAGCGCGCAAUUUUCCACCGAUGGACCGGGCGUGUGAUUUCUCCAUCGAUAACAAUUCGGACGAGAUUGAGGUACGCUUCCGGAAGGGUUACAGUACGGACGAAAGUAGUGAGACAACUAUUACGGAGGCUGGACCGAAGCCGGACGAAACGGAACGAUAUCCACCGAAUUCGGAGAAACUUCCACUACCGCCACGUGUCGUGCAGUUACGACGUACCGACUCUGGACCAUCGAACCGCGCAAAGUUGACCGGAUCACCGGUCCGCACGGUACCGAAAGUUCCCGAACCGGAACCACCCAUUGUACAACCGGAUUCCACCAAAGCACGCCAGUUUAUGCCACUAGCCGAGGUGCUCCGGAAAUCGAUCGACAGUGCAGAGUUGAAGCGUAAAUGGAUCAAUGACUUCCUUUCGCAGGGUAGUGAUACAAAUGUACUAGAGGAAGCAGGACCACCGGUUGCGAAGCUAAGCGGUUGCACAGCACUCGAACCGUUCGUUCCACAGCUAGACAUUGUACAACGGAUGGAUCGUCAAUUGGAAGAACUCGAGGGUUCGGUGGCUAGUCUCCGGCAGGGAUCGAACGGUAGUGUAGACAUUUUCCGCAGAACGAAUUGCGGUUUCGAUGAGUUUGAUGAAUUGUUCAACUCAGCUGAACAUAUAGUCGAAGAGACCGGUGGUCGGAAGACGGUUAAGCUAAGCGAACAGAUCACGUACAUCGAUCGUAGCAGCACUACUAGCAAUCUUUGUUUUUCAUCCUCCUCCUUUUCGUGUGCGAGCCUGGAGGACGGAAAGCCAUCCCUACCAGCAUCAGCUCCACCAUCGGUACCACCACCUCCACCUCCUCCUCCACCUCCACCAAUACCUCCAGCACCUCCGGUAGAAGGAGGUGCCGUGAGAAGUGGCAACCGGCCUACCGGUGAGGAAAGCUUUACCGGAUGUAAAAGCACGGUCAAAAUACAGGACUACAGCAGUAAGCAUCUGCAACGCGUACGGUACCUUUCAUCGCCGUCACCCUCUCGCAGCUCGAUGGUAGAACAAACGCUUCACACUCAGACCGGCUUCCAUCGGUGGACCGAUUCUGGUAGCGAUACCGAACACAACAACGAAAAUGGCCUGCAGCGUAAAGCAAACAGUGUGGUACCUUUAAAUGGACUCAAUUAUGCUAAUGAUGGAGAGGAUGAGAUUCCAGCUUCAAAAAAUAGUAAAUCACCAUUAGGCAUCAGCCGGCAGUUCCAUGUCGGAGGUGAAGCAGAUGAGAAUGGGCAGGAUGUGCAGAGGAAACCACACGCUACACUAAAGAAUUCAGUAGGAUCGGAACAAUCAAACGAGGUAAUAUGCUACUUCUCUUCACACAGCAGGACCGGGGAAGGUCGGCGAAGCAACAGCCACCACUAUCCCACUAUCCCGCUGGACCGUCACCCGGAGCGUACCGGCACCAUCGAGAUCCGAAGCGUUCUUCUGCCGGACUACAGUGAAUACUAUAACGAGGAAGGUGUGAUUAUUAUAUGA